AUGGCGAUGAGCCAACACACGUUCACGCACUCCAUGCAUUCCUUUACCAGACAUGUUAACGUGGACGGAGUGGAAAGUGGCUCUCAAGGAUUUAAAUCCAGCUUCAUGUUUUUGGAUCAGGUUGAAAAGACAACCCUGGAGUAUACCCCCAGUCACAAGAAAAUCUGCUUACUACUCUCUAAGAAUACUCGAAAAACUUUGCAAGGUUUUCUUCAAUCCAUCUCUGUCGGCUUUGAGGAAACCAAACUCAGUUGCCGCCCAUCCCGGCAGAGUGUCUGCCGAUUGAACUGCACUCCUAACAACAACAACCCGACUAGGCAACCUGCAUUGCAACCGGUCUCAUUGACCCCUGAUAUAGCCCAAAUUGCACAUAACUCCCAAGAAAAGAGCACGCAUCCACCAAGGGCGGCGACUCAGAAGAGUACUACUCGAGGGUAUAGGACAUAUCAACAAAGUAUCCGCCCAUCAAUACACAGGCCUCCCAAACACACACAGCGAUCUUUUCCACAAGCGACCUCCAUUGGACCGAAAAUAACCAAACUGGAUGUUAGGCCCCAUCUGCGGAGUAUCCCCACACAGGCCUACAAGAAUGCAAGAGGCGCUCAACAAGUUGUCUUUCAAACCAUUUCAUUGGACUUUCAGAAAACUAAACCGAAACUACCUCUCCAUAAGCAAAGCACCAGCCCGUCAAGGAUACACACACAGAAAACGAACAAGGAGUGUAUUUCAUUUGAGAAGAGCAUCCGUUCGCUAAUCCAUGACGAUAGACAUACUACCCAAGAUAUUCCAAAACCCAAAGCCUUUGUCUCUCAGUCCAGGCCCCAUCAGCAGAAGAAAGCCAAUCCGGAAUCCAGACACAAUCAACAGAGUAUACGUCCACCACUCCGCAAGGAUGCUAGACACAAUCAUCAAGAACUCUCCAAGGGCAUUCAGAUAACCCGACUGGAUUGUUCCAGUAGGCAAAGUAUCCGUCCAAUCCACAGGCAUGAUAGAGACACUCGGCAAGCGAUUGUCCAACCCAUCACCUUGAUCUCUGAUAUAAUACAACAACGCAGUAACACCCAUCAGCACGGUGCCCACCGACCAAUCGACAAACAUGCUAAUCAAGACACUGAAGCCAUCUCCAUGGGUCUUCAGAUCAAUGAAAUUAUAUACAGCACCGUCCCAAAGCAUACUCGUGAAUUGGGAAGUCAUUUAACCCAAAUAGAAUAUAAUCCCAAUCAAAUGCGCAAGAGACACACUCAGGCAGCUGACCCACAACCGAUUUCAACGUGUCUUCAGAUAACUCCGCUCUAGUGUGGAGGCGAGACUUUCCAAAACAGUCCAAUUCAGAAAACCCAACCAAAUUGGGUUACCUCUGCCUCCGUCACAGCAGCAUCAUCGCUAUCAUUCUGGAACACCUCCUUGGUGCUGGGGAUACCGACACUGGCAACACAUUCUUAGACUUGUAGUUUCACAUGAAGGAUUGGUACUACAGUGGACUUAACUCAAGUCAGAGGUGACCUGUCUGAGAUGUUUUCACACCUCUGUUGCAGAUCAAAUUGGAUUUUCCUUCUUCAUAUAAGCAAGGAUCGAGUAAAGAUAGAACAAGACUUCUGCAGGUUGCCUGAAUUUCAACAAUGAACUGAUUUUAAAAAAGUUUGCUGUACCUGGGGUCAAAGGUCCAGUGAGUAAAAACCAAAUAGUGACAACUCCUGGACUGCUUGACCUGUCAUUUGAAAUAUUUAGUAUUUUAUUGGUGAUACUAUAUAAG